CCCCGAAUAUAGAAAAAUUAUUGGAAAAAAUCGGAAAAAAAUCCCAAAAGGACAGAUCGAGGGCAGAAAAACAGGGCGAGGAGCGGCGGCGGGGCUCUCCCACGGCGGGAUUCUGGUCCGGUCCGGGAUGGAAGGUUACCGGGGCUCCAUGUGAAAUUGACUAAUGCGGUGCUGGAAACUUUUUGGACAGUAAAGAUGCAGAGCAGUAUUUGCCACUCAGCACCAACCAUAGCUGUUGGGACUGGGUGAGGAGAGUGAAGGAGGAGCGACGAGAGACACAAGAAGCAUUUUGACAAACAGAUUUCGGCUCACCUCGAUGUUUCCGUUGGAUCAUUGGCACCUCCAGUGAGCUGUCCUUCGUUUUCAACAACUCCUUCCCACGUUGAGCCUGCGAGGCGGGGGAGCCGCAACUGAGUUUUCAUGGCAGCGGCACUCUAGGGCUGCCAUGGCAGCUGCUGCCGCCGAUGCCUCACACCGUAUUACCGCACUGACGCCGGAGGAAGAGGGACGACGGACUGCCGCCAAGCUGUUUGGGAGCGCCGCCCCACGGACAGAGAGAGAGAGAGAGCGAGAGAGGGGGAAAGAGAGAGAGAGGGAAAGGGAAGAGGAAGGAGUGGAGGUCGGGAGAUCGAGUGGUAGCGAGUGCUUGGUGUGCGGGGCUCUGUUCGCCUCCCAGGAGAAGCUCCGGCUCCACGCCUUGAGUCACACCGGAGAGAAACCCUUCCACUGCUCACAGCCGCACUGUCCCAAGGCCUUCAGCUCCAAAUACAAACUCUUCAGGCAUAUGGCCACACACUCUCCACAGAAGACUCAUCAGUGCUCGUUCUGUGAGAAGAUGUUCCACCGCAAAGACCACCUGAAGAACCACCUGCAGACCCAUGACCCCAACAAGGAGGCCUUCAAGUGCGAGGAGUGUGGGAAGCACUACAACACCAAGCUGGGAUACAAGCGCCAUGUGGCCAUGCACUCGGCCACCGCCGGCGACCUGACCUGCAAAGUGUGCAUGCAGAGCUACGAGAGCACGCCGGUUCUCCUGGAGCACCUCAAGAGCCACUCGGGGAAGUCCUCAGGAGGCGCCAAGGAGAAGAAACACCCGUGCGACCACUGCGACCGUCGCUUCUACACCAGGAAGGAUGUGAGGCGGCACAUGGUGGUGCACACGGGCCGAAAGGACUUCCUGUGCCAGUACUGUGCCCAGCGCUUCGGCAGGAAAGACCAUCUGACGCGUCACGUGAAGAAGAGCCACUCGCAGGAGCUGCUGAAGAUCAAGACGGAGCCUCCGGAUAUGUUGGGUCUGUUGGCCACGGGGUCUCCACCCUGCUCCGUGAAGGAGGAGCUCAGCCCCAUGAUGUGUGGCAUGGGGCCCAACAAAGACCCCAUGAUGGGCAAACCCUUCCCCAGUGGGGCGCCUUUCCCGAUGGGCAUGUACAACCCCCACCACCUCCAGGCCAUGUCUAAUUCUGGGGUGGGUCACUCACACCCGUCCCUGAUGCCCGGUUCCUUGUCUGCAGCUAUGGGCAUGGGCUGUCACAUGGAGUCCCCCGCAUCUCUUCACCCACACUCCCACCACCACCACCAUCACCACCACCAUCACCACCACCACCAUUCCCCUCCACUGCCCCCACACCACCAGCCUCCGGCUCCCCAGCAGCAGCACCAGCCCCAGCCAGCCCCCAAAUACCAGCUGGGAUCUACCUCAUACCUGCUGGAAAAGCCCUUGAAAGUGGAGAUGGAGAGCUUCCUCAUGGAUCUGCAGAGCGGCUUGCCAGGCCCGGUUCCCUCUGCAGAGCCCCACACUGCUGCCUCGCCCCCUAAGGACGGACUGGAGCCCACCUCGGGCCUGGCGGAUGAGCUUUGCGGGGAUCCCCUCCUGUCCAAGAGCCCUGUGGUGAUCGCUGAGUCUCUGUGUGCUGCUAACAUGGACUUCUCCCACCUGCUGGGCUUCCUGCCCCUCAACCUUCCUCCCUACAGCGCCCCCAUGAGCACGGGAGGACUGGUCAUGGGCUACACCUCAUCCGCGACCUCCUCCUCUUCUUCCUCCUCCUCUUCCUCAUCUCUGCACGCUGCCGAGCCCCACGCCGCAGCAGUCGCCGCGGCAGCAGCUGCCGUCGCCACGGCACCUCUUACCUCUUUGCAACCGCAACCUCAGGAGCAGCAGAGCUCCAGCGGGGGUCUGGGCCUCGGACCCCUGCACCCCCUCCCACCAGUGUUCAGCUCCAGCCUUAGUACCACCACACUGCCUCGCUUCCACCAGGCCUUCCAGUGAGAGCGCCACCACUGCCCGGCCACGAUGGCCUCCACAGCAGCCCGGCUCGAUGUGGAUGCUUUGGGUUGUGCUUCUUUACAGGAGCCUGAUGAAAAAGUCUGAGAAUUAGAGUAAAAAAAAAGAAAGAUAAAUACAUAUUUGAACACUUAGAAGCCUUAAAUGAAAGUGCGCACAAAAGCUUUUGAUUGAGCCGUAAAAAGGAAGUUAAACCCCUUUGAGCAAAACGGAAAAGGUGAGAAAAGAAGUUGAAGCAGCUUUUAUUUGGGCUUUUUUUCUCCUUAUCCUAUAGUUUUAAUGAUGUAUUAACCCAUGUUUUUUUUUUUUUUUUAAAUUUCCAUUUAUUUCCCCCCUUCUAUCUCUUCUCUCCCAUCCCCUAUUUAGUAGUAUAGAGGGCAGGAUCAGUAGGCCAAAAGGCGUGGUACUGCAAACUUUCUAAAGUAAUAAUGUAAAAAAAACAAAAAAGAACAAAAAAAAAAGACAAAAAAAUCAAAGAUAAUUCUUUAGUGAAGAUUAUCUGUCUUGUUGUGACCCAGAGAGAGAAAAAAAAAACAUAGUUUGAAGUGGAUUAUUUUGUUUUUACUUUAUUUUUUUUUUCUUUUCCAAAUGUAAGAAGAUGGUAGAAUGUGUCUCAUCUUUGAAAACAGCCACAACCUACGGAGAGGAGAGAGAUCAGUGAAGGAACGAAGAGAUGAACAUGAAAUCCUCCUCGAACCCCCUGAAUCUAAAAAACAAACAAAAAAAAAAAGUGCUCUUCAGACAAGAUUAAAGUGGCGCGCUCCUAGAGUCGGGUCAACAGCUUCACAAA